AUGACUAAUGCUAACAACUGUCACGUCCAUUUCGAGCUCCCCGCGAAUGGGGAUACACCCUCCAACUCGCUGAUUUCCAACACCGGCAACCGACCUCCAAGGUUCAACUUCGGGUUUGGAAGUUCGCACAGCCCUCUUACAGCAGACUUGGUGCCUGCGAGGCGUACCAUACCCCAAACCUUCAAUUUUGGGUUUCUGGUGCGAAAGCAAGUCAUGGCAGAGGCCCUUGUGCCGGACCUGGCACAUCAAACAGCUGUCACGCCACUACAACCUCAACAAUUCAACUUUGGGUUUACGGUGAACGAGCAAAGCCCAGCGGCAACGGACUUGAAUCCACCGUCACCCUCCCCAGCUCCAACAAGAUUCAACUUUGGCUGGACUCACUCCCAUUCCACAGACAAGCCAGCGGCCCAGCGGCAGUCGACUCGGAGCCCACACCAUCUUCCCCAGCUCCUACAACAUUUAAUUUUGGCUGGACUCAGUCCUUUGCCACAGAGAAGCCGGCAGGUUCAGGCAGCUCAACCAUUCAACUUUGGAAUGGAUGUGGAGAGUCACAUUCAACCUGCACUACCCUCGCUGCAGGAUGUCCGGCGCACCCGCCGUAGUGGUUCCAAUACUCCCAACAAUGGAGUGCCAGCUUCGGUGAUCCCUCUCAAGAGACCGCUAUCUCUGCCACCACCCUCCACUCCUCCUCAGGCACCGGCGCCCGAACAUACAGCCAAGUUCAACUUCGGCUGGAAGCAGCCGCCUUCAGCAACAGCGGGUGUUGCUACCCAUGUUGGGUUUGACCAUCAUAAUAAACCAUUCCAGUUCGGUUGUAAGGUCCCUCCAGCAAAGGUAGGGGAAUGGACACCAGCGCCUAUUAUGGCCGCUGUGCCACAAGCAGCACCAGUGCCGAUCACAAUCACCUUGCCCCAAGUAGUACCGUCGCCUAUCAUAGCCACCGUGCCAGAAGCGGCACCAGCUCCUGAGUCAGACCCCUACACGCCAAAGGCCUUGCCAAACUGGGAGGGUGCUUUCCCCACUGCCAAACGAUGGAAACUCGAUUCCGCCAGUCAAGCGACCCACCAAGACACCAUCGGAUGCCUUAUCGGUGACGCUGAGAAGGCUGCCAUUGACAUUGUGAAACAGCUCAAUGGAGAUGAAUUUGAUCGACUCGCCCAAACAAUGCUGGGCAGCCUCAUUAGGCCCGGCGAUGAUGUCCGAGAUCCCAUGCCGGAAGAGGUCUUGGAUAGUAACUGCGCUGUAUUGUCAGCGUUCUGUGAGUCCAGAGAUUGGUUGACUAGGAUCUUCAAAGAUCUUAUCACUAUUCAUCAUGCAUCCGAGCACCACAUACACCAGCUUUCAUUCAUGGACUCUCUUACCAAUGAGGUUGAGAUAGCAGAGAGGACUGCCGGUAGUUAG